AUGGUAUUGCAUGUGAGGAUAGAUAACUUACCGCCGGAUAAGUCAUGGAGUCAGGUGAGGCAGCUGGUCGGGUCCAUAGUGCCUCCCUCGCUGGUGCUGCAAGUGAAGAUGCUGCCACCGAUGUCCUCUAUGGUGCCACCUUUCCAGCUGAUAAAGAGCUGUGUGGUGACUCUGAAGGGAAACAUCGACCAGAUGACGCUGCAGAACUUGCUGAUGGGCAUAAACAGUUACCAAUGGGACUACUUUGAUCUCUACGGGUACGUCAUACCUUACCCGAUGGACAUGAACGUGGACUAUAGCAAUAGCAACCCACUGUCGACGUCCCCAAGUGUAGAUACCAGCAACGAGGAUUACAUGUUUAUGGGCUCGCCUACAAACCAGUCGCUCUACUACAUGCCGCAGUCCCCACCUGGGUCCGGGCUGGUGUCCCCGCCCGCUGGCACGACAAUGACUAUGCCACCCCCAGGUGCUCCUCCGCCAGUAGCGUUCGAAUACAUGAUGCCACCGGCCAGCAGGUAUAUCUACCAGGAGAGGCCGCACGCAAACUUCUCGGCUGGGCCGGCGUUCCACUACGGCGGGUACCACCGGUACAACAGGCAUAGCAACGACAGAAACGGAAAUUACUCUAGCGAUAGCACAGACGGAUACACAAAAGAUAUACUGCCCUUGCUCAACAGAGACAGGCCCACGGAUCUCAACAUGAUAUCGAAGGACAUGCUCAGGACGAAGAACCCCGACGCCAACAGCACCAGACUGAAACAGAUAUUCAACGAAAUAAGCUUCAGAAAGCAGAUGACUAACAGAGGCAUGUGGCAACUGAAGCUGGAGAACUUCCCGCCUUUCAUCCAACUAGAUUCCUUGGAACCUCUAAGCCCUCAGGAACCGAAGGUUGACGUGGACAUUGUGCUGGAAUCAAACAAGAUAGAGAAGUUUGGACGGUUAAGGUGGAGUAUACUGAAGGAUUACAUCAAGCUGAAGUGUCCAAAACUGUUAUCACUGUGUGAGUCUUCAACAGUGGAUACCGGAAAUGGUGUGUUGGUGUCAAACGUGAACAACACACGCGAGUUCUACGUAGGGGUAUAUGAGGACCAUGAGGAGCAAAAGGUUAUUGACGUGAUAAACCCAGAGACGGACAAAAACUAUGUAGGUAACAUCAGCAUUGAGCCCGGCAGGUACAGGGCCAAAGUAGUUCGUUAUAGUGCGGUGGUAGGGUUUCAUGACAAGGAGAUAUGUGAUCUUUGCCUAACCGCACUUCAGGGCCAAGAAUAUCUUCUAGGAUAUAAAUUGCAGGCAAGUGAGCUACCACCAUUUGAGGAAGAGGAAAAGGCAAGUUAA